AGAAGGGGCUGCUCGUUCAGAAGUGGAAGGGGACGAAGACAUACAAUGGGGGGCACUGCACGGUACUUGCGGUGCUGUAUCAUGGUUUGCUUAGUGGCGCUCGGAGGGGGUUUUUCUGGUCGGAGCAUUCUUGUGGCAGAGCGUGAAUGCACAUCCUACCAAGACUUGAACGCGUAACUUGACUCUUCUCACUUCCUGCUUCGUGAUGCGAGUUGGGCCUCUCGGAAGGACGGCAGCAACCAUUUUGAAAAAGGUGGGCGGAGAUGACGCUACUCGUACUGUAGCAGCUGGCUCGAGUAGAAAUUGGCUUGAGCCCCUGUAAGCAGUUACAGUACGAGUACUCGAGUAAAUUAAUGUCUCUACCAUCAAGUUACCGGUGUCCCCGGGCAACGAUGAGCUGCACUUCUUCCAGACCAGCCAGCAGUCCUUCCCUCCCGACCAGCAGGUCCUCUUCUGGGGGCCUCGACUCCCUCCCCCGCCGUUCCACCACCAGCUUCGAGAGGAGGAAUGUUGACCAGCCCAAGGCCGAUUCACCCUUCUACUCCGGGAGAAAUCCGGUCCCGAGGAUCGACUCUUUCAUCAAGAUCUGUGAUGCUAAAUACGCUCCUCCGCUCGCAGUUCCACGAACAUCGCCGGAUGCCUACCCGCCGACAUUAUGGUCUCAAUUUAUGGAAGAGGUGUUCCGGAGCUUCACGCUAAAGUAUAUGGCCUUCAUAGCAUCGACAUUUGUCCUUCUUAAUGGCGUGCUUCGCUUGCCAUAUUCAAUAUCCAUCUUCAUUGCUGUCGGGGGUGCUGUAUCGUGGUGGCGGCGUGUAGAGGGUCUAUGGGCAGACGUGGUGUUCUAUGAACAAUCUGAUCGCGGAAAUCAGAGGAUGAACACUCCUGGCCCGGAGGGCAACGAAUCGGUGGAAUGGCUCAAUGGUGUUGUCUCAAAAUUGUGGCCUCAAAUCAAUGCGGACCUCUUCUCUACCGUAGUCGACCUGAUUGAGGAUGUUAUGCAAGCGUCAAUGCCUCCCGUGGUGAACCAGGUGAAGAUCACGAGCGUUGGCCAAGGGGCCACUCCGAUUCGAAUUCUAUCUAUGAGGUGGCUCAAUGAGGGCGGCGAAAAGGAUGCAAAUGUGAGAUUGAACGAGCAGGAAGAGGUCGGUGAAUGGGUCUCUUUGGAACUUGCUUUUGCCUACAGAGCAAGUCCCAGCACCAGCGACGCGGCAAGCAAGGCCAAAAAUGCAAGUUUAUUGAUCCACCUUACCUUAGGAGUGCAGGGGGUUUUGGGAACACCGAUUCCCGUGUGGGUUGAGCUUCGUGGUUGCACCGGGACAUGUCGUCUGAAACUGCAAACCAUCCCUGACCCUCCCUUCAUCAAACUCGCAACCUUUACCCUUCUCGGGAUGCCAAAGAUCGAGAUAGCCGCCGUCCCGCUGAAUCAACGAUUUCUCAAUGUCAUGAACCUUCCGCUUAUCAGCGACUUUGUGAAUUCCUCCAUCCGUACCGCCGCUAGAUCAUACGUUGCGCCGUCGAACUACACCUUUGAUGUUUCCAAAGUUCUUACCGGGGAUGAUAUCAAGAAGGACACCAAUGCUAUCGGGGUUCUCGUCGUGCAUAUACACUCGGCGGAAGCUGUAAAGGCAGCUGAUCUGAACGGCAAAAGCGACUGCUACGUAACAUUGCGCUACUCGAAAUUUGCAAAGCCUCUUUGGUCUACCAGGAUAAUCUUUGGUGAUUUGAGUCCUGUAUGGGACGAGACUGCUGUGUUGCUGGUUAAUGCUGAUGAGGUGAAGGCGAGUGAGAUGUUGAGUGUGGAGCUGUGGGAUUCAGAUAGGUUUACGGCGGAUGAUAUUGUUGGUAAAACGGAUGUUGAUGUCACGGAUUUGGUCCGGAAUCGGGGAAAGGUUUACAAGAGACGGGAUAGUUUGCGGGGGUAUGAGAGAGGACAAAUAGUGCCCGGCCAUUUAAACUGGUCGGUGGUAUUUCAUGGAAAAGCCGAGUUGAAUGAGAGCGCCGGCACUGAUGGCGCUGAUGAGAGGUUGCCGGAUGAUAUGAAGAACCAUCCCGACUUCAAGUCGCCCCCCGACGGUAAACCUGUGACUGGGGAUCUUCGUGCUACCUAUGUUCCUCCAGCGCCGUUUCUCCCUUCAGGCAUUCUUUCUGUUCAGAUUCAUAAUAUUGUCGCCCUCGAAACCCACACGGUUAGCAGCACAAAGUCUCGUUCCAACCCACAUCUUCAAAAGGAGCAGACCCAGGCGGUUGAGGAGGAGGAAUCCUCUAGUCUUCCGUCGGCAUACUGUUCAAUCAUUCUUGAUUACCAGAAAAUUUACAAGACUCGCGUAAAGCCAAUGACUAGCAAGCCGUUUUUUAACGCUGGUACGGAAAGAUUUGUCAGGAACUAUAGGGAAAGCACUGUGCUGGUUGUUGUUGAAGAUUCGAGGAAUAGGGAAAGCGAUCCUAUAUUGGGAGCAGUGGAAUUGAAGUUGGAUAAGGUGUUUCAGAAUUCGAGCGUUAUUUCGAGAUAUUAUCCUAUCCAGGGAGGCGUGGGCUAUGGGAAGAUUAGGAUAUCAUUGCUCUUCCGCUCGAUCGACACCCCGUUGCCGAAACAGAUGUUGGGAGCGGACAUCGGGUCGGUGGAGGUUGUAUCACGGUUCAUUUCCGCGCAAGAUAUCGCUGACGGACAAGUUGCGGGCGCCGGCCAUCUCACGUUUCGAACACCGCUCAGUAAGAGAAACGCGCGCCAAGAUGUUACGGUUUCUGCCACUCCUGGGUGGUCCUUGGAGGGUAAACGUUUUCGUUUAUCUGUUCGACAUCGAUAUGCCGUGCCGUGCAUACUUUACUUUAGAAGAGAUUCUGUUGUCCGGCGUGAUAAAUGCCUUGCGGUAGCUUUGCUUUGGUUGAAGGAUAUUCCGGACGACGAGGAGGCUACCGUUCGGUUAGACGUUUACCAGCCGGAGGACAUUGACCGCUUCGUCCAGAAUUGUGGGGACGCGCUGGGUGUUGGGAGAUGUGUCGGAAGCGUGGUGUUGACGGUCCGGUUCCGAAGAGGCCUAACUCCAACGCAUCGAAAGCUCGAUGGAAUGGACGACAUAUGUCGUGCACUAAAAUGCAUCGACCGCCAUCACCAUCGCGACGACGCAUCAUCGGCAAGCAGCUGUAGCUCUGGCAAUAGUAGUGGAGAGGACACAGACAGCAGUGAAGAAGUGGGUGGGGGGAGGAGCCCGAUAGAAGGCAUCAAACGAAGGUUAAGUCGUAAGAAGGAAUCGGUCGGAGAGUUGCAUAGACGGGAAAGGGGUGCCAUGCAAUGGAAGGGAGCGCGGACUUUGGCGUGGGUUGGGAGGGGCGUGGUGGGGAAAGGAAAAGAUCUCAAGGGCAAAUUCGUGAUGGAGCCAAGAAGGCCAGGUGUAGAAACUGAGGUUCCAUGAAGGUUUUUUGGCUUUGCACCGGGGGUCUAAGACUGCAGCUUGCGCCCGCGGCCUGAGCAAGGUGUCCAUUAGCUCAUUCACUAUUCAUUAUAUUGAAGUUUUACUUACCUUUUGUAUAUUUCUUUUUAUUUGGGGGGGAUUGCGUGGCGUUUGGGAAAUAGCCCGGGUGUGUUUUGUAUUUUUUCUCUUUUUUUCCCGCUUGUUUGGUCUCUUAUAGUAAAUGGAAGUUUUUUAUAUAG